AGCCCAUUUUCAGGUUGUCCAAUGAACUCAAAAAAAUGGGCCUCGAAGCCCAUUUCACUUAGAGUCACGCCACGCUACCUGGAAGCUCUAUGGUCGCAUAUUCGCAUUUGGCUAUCUCUGUCCCUCUCUCACUCCCUCACUGUCACUGAUCUCCAUAGCAAGACUGUAACCGCUCCAAAUGGCGCUUCGAACCCUCGCGACCAGGAAAACCCUAGGCGGACUAGGGCUAGGGUUUCAGCAACAGCUCCGGGGCUUGCAGACCUUCUCGCUGCCCGAUUUGCCGUACGAUUAUGGCGCUCUUGAGCCUGCCAUUAGCGGAGAAAUCAUGCAGCUCCACCACCAGAAGCACCACCAGACUUACAUAACAAACUACAACAAGGCUCUUGAGCAGCUCCAUGAUGCCAUGGCCAAGGGCGAUUCUCCCACUGUCGUCAAAUUGCAGAGCGCCAUCAAAUUUAAUGGCGGAGGGCAUAUCAAUCACUCAAUUUUCUGGAAGAAUCUUGCUCCUGUUCGUGAAGGAGGUGGUGAACCACCAAAGGGUUCGUUGGGUUCAGCUAUUGACACACACUAUGGUUCUUUGGAAUCACUGAUACAAAAGAUCAAUGCCGAAGGUGCUGCUUUACAGGGCUCCGGAUGGGUGUGGCUUGCUGUGGACAAAGAGUUGAAAAGGCUAGUGAUUGAAACCACUGCAAAUCAGGACCCACUAGUUACCAAAGGACCAAGUCUGGCUCCUCUUCUUGGUAUCGAUGUUUGGGAACAUGCAUACUACUUACAGUACAAAAAUGUUAGACCAGAUUACCUCAAGAACGUAUGGAAAGUCAUGAACUGGAAAUAUGCCAGUGAAGUUUUUGAGAAAGAGUGCCCUUAAUGAAGAAACUCACCAUCCUCAAGGGUUGGCUUGACAGGUACUGUCAAGUUUUUUUAGAGAAAAACAAAGUACGACAUUACGUAUCACCGAUGAAGAGCUCCUUGUUCUAUUAGGUAUUUGCUUCCAUAUUGCACGGAUCUUGAAUAAAACAUGUUACUUGUACUCUGCUCCUCUACAAGUCUUUGGUUAUCAUACCAUGUAUGAAUUUUUCCUUUUGUGCUUGUGCAUUUGUAUUGUUAGAGAUUAUGGGGGUUUUGAUGUGCAUGGUUUAUAACUUUUUUUUUUUUUUUGAUAAUGAUAAUAAGAUUUAAGAGUAGGUACAAUAACAAAAGACAGUACUUAAAAACAUCCUAAUGUAGCAUGGAGGGGAUGUG